UCUGUUUUAUCAAUGCUUUUGUGAAGGGAUUCAUGGCGUGUUAAAAAAAACAGUGCUAGAGAGAGAAGGCUAAGUAAUUCCUAAGCCUCGAGUAAUUGUUCUGCUCAGAGUGUAGGUACUAAGCAAUCUGGUUCUAAUAGCAGCCAUGGCAAGUCCGGCGGGCGAGAGUAUGACGGCACCACGGUUUGCCGCAUUCCGUGGCCGAGGUUUAGGCAGAUCGAGCGUAAGCAGUCCGUCACGCUCAAGUGACGCACGGUCAGAGCAGUCUCCAUCGCCAACUGCUUCCUCUCCUGGCCAUCAACAGCAAGAGCAACAGCAACAACACACUGACACUAGCAGUAAAGCAGAAAGUAGUUCAAGUCGCUUCAGCGGAGGAAGAGGUGGAUUUAGUGGAGGCCACUCUGGCGGAGCUGAUGAUGGUGACAGCUCCGGAAGGCCUAUGUUCGGCGGACGUGGUGGCGGUGGCGGUGGCUCUAGCUUUGGUGGUGGAGGUACUGGUGGAUUUGCCGGUCGAUCGGGUGGCUUUAGGCGGAACGACAAUGAUUCUCAAGACGGCGAAGGUGACGAGAGUAGCAGCAGAGGUGGCCGAGGCGGUGGACGUGGUGGACGUGGUGGACGUGGCGGCGGCCGCUUUGGUAGUGAUUUCCGCUCUGGAGAUCGUGAGGAGAAUGGCGGUAGCUCUGGUGGUGGCCGGCACGGUGAUGGUAUGGACGAUGGUGAUAGACCACCUCGCGAUGAAUCACGUCCUCCGCCAUAUGUGCCACCUCCUGCGCCCGAAACUGAAGACGAGCUCUUCAAGCAGAACUCUACCGGUUUGAACUUCAACAAGUUUGACGAGAUCCCCGUACGGCUUACUGGCCGCGAGCCAGUCAGCCCGGUUUCCAGCUUCGAGGACGCCAACCUGAAUGGCACGAUAACGGAGAAUGUCAGUAAGAGUGGCUACAAGAAGCCGACACCUGUACAGAAGUAUGCCAUGCCUGUCAUCAUGGCUGGUAGAGACCUCAUGGCCUGUGCACAGACUGGCUCAGGGAAAACAGCUGCAUUUAUCCUUCCCGUCAUGUCUCGUAUGAUGAAAGACGGAAUUGACGCGUCAAAGUUUGCCGAAGUGCAGUCACCUGCUGCCAUUAUUGUAGCACCUACUCGUGAACUGGUCACUCAGAUUUGGCUAGAGGCGAAAAAGUUCUCCCACACAACCAUGCUCCGACCUGUAGUUCUAUAUGGCGGUACCAGUCUUGGGAGACAGAUCCGUGAAGUGGAGGAGGGAUGUCACAUGGUCAUAGCUACCCCUGGUCGCCUGAUGGAUGUCAUCAACAGAAGAAAGAUUGAUUUGGGUGCAGUUAAGUAUCUGAUUCUUGAUGAAGCUGAUCGCAUGCUCGAUAUGGGCUUCUUGCCCAGCAUUCAGAAGCUUGUUGAGCAGCUGGGCAUGGCCUCCGGUCGUCAGACGCUCAUGUUUUCAGCCACCUUCCCAGACGAAGUGCAGCAGCUGGCAAAGAACUUCCUGGAUGACUACUUGUUCUUGACUGUUGGUAUCCUGGGCUGUGCAGCCAGUGAUGUCAAGCAGAGUGUCGUGCAAGUGGAGGAGUUUGGCAAGCGCAAGAAGCUCAUUGAGAUCUUGAGCUCGCAAGGGAUGGACAGAACGAUUGUCUUUGUGGAGACAAAGCGAACAGCCGAUUUCCUCGCGUCGUACCUCUGCCAGCAGCGUUUCCCGUGCACUAGCAUUCAUGGUGAUCGUCAGCAGCGUGAGCGAGAAGAGGCACUGCGUGACUUCAAGCGUGGCGAGAAACCUGUACUGGUGGCCACAUCCGUAGCCUCGCGCGGCCUGGACAUUCAGGACGUCAAGCACAUUGUCAACUUUGACCUGCCUUCCGAGAUUGAAGAUUACGUUCACCGUGUGGGCCGUACUGGUCGUAUCGGUCACUCUGGUCUUGCCACUUCCUUCUUCACCAUCGGCAAGGAUGAGGGUAUUGCAAGAAGCUUGGUGAAGAUUCUUUCAGAGUCUUUGCAAGAAGUGCCUGACUGGCUGGAAACUGCUGCUGCUCAGGCUGUAGGAUCUGGCAUUCACAGCGGCCAUGGCAGUGGCUUUGGUGGACACGACAUGCGUGAACAUGGGGGACGCCGUGGUGGUGGUCGUGGUGGCGGUCGUGGUGGUGACCGUAAUGGAGAUGACAGUGACUUCCGUUCUAACCGAGGCAGUGGUGCCGGUGGCCAGGAGAAAUCUUGGUCUGUGGGCAGAUCCACUGCUGGAGCUGCUGCUCAGGAAGAGGAGGAGAGCUGGGACUAAUCAGAUUGCUUUCUUUUCGACGGAAGGUCUUGCUUCCCGAAUAACUUUGCCUGUUGACUGUUGUAGUUGACAGCUGCACUGUUUUAUGACAGAACUCUGGAUCCGCUGCAUGACUUCAUUGGCGUUCUUUCUGUUACUUGAGUUUGUGAUCUGAUGUCUCUCUCAGUGAGAGCGGGAAGGCAUGUGGACCGCUGUGCUUGAGACGGCACGCCAGUUACUGACUCACACUUGUUUUCAUCCAGCUAGCUGUCUUUGUCAUCACGCUAGCAAUCAUCUUGUUCGCUGUUCUUGGGUGAAGGAAAGCGCUUAUUCUGCCCGUGUGCUUACCUUCUGUGCUCACAAUGUGUGCCUGGAGUAGAUAAUGCACACGUCAAUCAUGAUUAUCUACGACUCUCUCUUCGUUGCCGUCAUAUCGCAAGCAGUCGGGUUGUCACUUGCCUGCAUUCUUCUAAACCGUCUUAUGUUUGAGUUCAUUGUCGAUUUGACUUUGUGUCUCGCUGCUCUUUAACUUCAGUUAUUACGCUGAGCUUCAAACUUGCAUUCAUGUCCAUUUCCGGUAGCAGAGUUUUUGUAUAUUGUGUGAGGAAUACUCUGCUUCUACCCCACGCACAUCACGCACACAUCACACACACACACACACACACACGCACACACACACACACACACACACACACACACACACACACACACACACAUCGCACAUCACACAUCACACAUCACACAUCCAUGACAGUGAGAACCAGCCCACUCACUCUCCUGCCAUUUUUUCUUUUUCUGUCUUGCUUGCUUUCUUGGUCUGGGCAACUCUCGGUGUGAUGUGUGUUUUUAUUCCGCUCUUACGUAAUGUCAGCGGCAAAUCUAGCUCUCCUGUUCUUUGGUGAAACACCAACCCCGAGCGUUCUCUCUUUGUCCAUGUUUGUUUUGUCAAGCCGCACACACUGCCUUGUUCGCUGUGGGCUUUGGUACUACAAUCAAGAGUAAAUGAGCUGAGAGCUUAUUAUAAUACCAAGAAUAUAAUUAUAAGUCCCAUACACGA